UUGGGGCGUCGGGGAGUGCGCGAGGCGGCCCGGGCUGUGUGCACUGGCGGAGACAAAGAGGUGGCGGUGGCGGCAGUGGCGGAGCAGCGUUAGACGCCGAAUUUUGUAGUGCUGAGUCGUGUCACCAUCUCAUCUAGCGCGGCGCGAGGGCGGCUGGUCUCGCGGCGGCGGCGGCGGACGCGGAGGUGGCGGCAGCACAUGGUUCCAAGAGCGCCCUGCGGUUAUUGGGUUCCAAUUCCGUGGGGAGGGACAAAGGCAGCUGUGAGCGCCGGGCAACGCCCGGUCGGGUGGUGCUCUCGCCACUGCCCUCGAUCCGGGCCUUGAAAACUGGGACUAACUUGUCUCCGUGAGGAGGAGACCACGGGACCGAGGCCCAGGGAGGGCCUGAGAGGCUGAGGCCGCUGUCUGAGGGAAAGGGGGAGGGGCGCGGCCCGCCUGAGUUGAUUGGGUGGGUCAAUUCUGUGGCGACGUAGUGGGCCACUGUGAGGUAAUUUGACUCACUACCCUGAGGAAAUUGGGGCGCACAGCAAGCUAGGUUUGAUCUGGGCUUUGAAAACGGAAAUCGGUCUUCAGCGCUUAGGAAAUCUUUCAGUUGGUAGGUGGUGAAGCCGGAACUAACGCCAUAUGCACUUGAGCAACAUCGUGAUCGCCACUCUGGGGCUUAUUUAAGGAUCCUGGGAUCAUUGAUGGCGAAGACAUGCGUGGCUAUCCAGUUUUAUGACUGAAGUUGCUAGACUUCCGGAUUGUGGUUAAAGAACUGGAGAGACAUCACCGCACUCAUGGCUUUCACGAAUUACAGCAGUCUGAAUCGAGCUCAGCUAACCUUUGAGUAUCUACACACAAAUUCAACCACUCAUGAAUUCUUGUUUGGUGCUCUUGCUGAACUAGUUGAUAAUGCAAGAGAUGCUGAUGCCACAAGAAUUGAUAUUUAUGCAGAAAGGCGAGAGGACCUUCGAGGAGGAUUUAUGCUUUGUUUUUUGGAUGAUGGAGCGGGAAUGGAUCCAAGUGAUGCUGCCAGCGUGAUCCAGUUCGGGAAGUCGGCCAAGCGAACGCCUGAGUCCACCCAGAUCGGGCAGUACGGGAACGGGUUAAAGUCGGGCUCGAUGCGCAUCGGAAAGGAUUUCAUCCUCUUCACCAAGAAGGAAGACACCAUGACCUGCCUCUUCCUGUCACGCACCUUUCAUGAGGAGGAAGGCAUUGAUGAGGUGAUAGUCCCGUUGCCCACUUGGAACGCUCGGACCCGGGAACCUGUCACAGACAACGUGGAGAAGUUUGCCAUCGAGACAGAACUCAUCUACAAAUAUUCUCCCUUCCACAAUGAAGAGGAGGUGAUGACUCAGUUCAUGAAGAUUCUUGGGGACAGCGGAACGCUGGUAAUCAUCUUCAACCUCAAACUUAUGGAUAACGGAGAGCCAGAGCUGGACAUAAUCUCCAAUCCAAGGGAUAUCCAGAUGGCAGAGACUUCGCCGGAGGGCACGAAGCCAGAGCGCCGCUCCUUCCGUGCCUACGCUGCCGUGCUCUACAUUGAUCCCCGGAUGCGGAUCUUCAUCCACGGGCACAAGGUGCAGACCAAGCGGCUCUCCUGCUGCCUGUACAAGCCCAGGAUGUACAAGUACACAUCAAGCCGGUUCAAGACCCGCGCGGAGCAGGAGGUGAAGAAAGCUGAGCACGUGGCAAGGAUUGCUGAAGAGAAGGCACGGGAGGCAGAGAGCAAAGCUCGGACGUUGGAAGUGCGCCUGGGCGGAGACCUCACGCGGGACUCCAGGGUGAUGUUGCGACAGGUCCAGAACACAGCCAUUACCCUGCGCAGGGAAGCCGAUGUCAAGAAGCGGAUCAAGGAAGCCAAGCAGCGAGCACUUAAGGAACCCAAGGAGCUGAACUUUGUUUUUGGGGUCAACAUUGAGCACCGGAGCCUGGAUGGAAUGUUCAUCUACAACUGUAGCCGCCUGAUCAAGAUGUACGAGAAAGUGGGCCCACAGCUGGAAGGUGGCAUGGCGUGCGGCGGGGUUGUCGGAGUCGUCGAUGUGCCCUACCUGGUCCUGGAGCCCACACACAACAAGCAGGACUUUGCGGACGCCAAGGAGUACCGGCACCUCCUGCGGGCCAUGGGGGAGCACCUGGCGCAGUACUGGAAGGACAUCGCCAUUGCCCAGCGGGGAAUCAUCAAGUUCUGGGAUGAGUUUGGCUACCUCUCUGCCAACUGGAACCAGCCCCCAUCCAGUGACCUGCGCUACAAACGGCGGCGAUCCAUGGAGAUCCCGACCACCAUCCAGUGUGAUCUGUGUCUGAAGUGGCGGACACUCCCCUUUCAGCUGAAUUCUGUGGAGAGAGAUGACCCUGACACUUGGGUUUGCUCCAUGAACCCUGAUCCUGAGCAGGACCGGUGUGAGGCUUCAGAGCAGAAGCAGAAGUUUCCCUUGGGGACAUUGAAAAAGGACCUGAAGACACAGGAAGAGAAGCAGAAGCAACUGACAGAAAAAAUUCGCCAGCAGCAGGAGAAGCUGGAGGCCCUACAAAAAACCACACCCAUUCGCUCCCAGGCUGACCUGAAGAAACUGCCUUUGGAAGUGACCACCAGACCUUCCUCUGAGGAACCUGCACGUAGACCUCAGCGCCCUCGGUCACCUCCUUUACCUGCUGUGAUCAAGAAUGCCCCAAGCAGACCCCCUUCCCUGCAAGCUCCCAGGCCAGCCAGCCAGCCCAGGAAGGCUCCUGUCAUCAGUAACGCCCCAAAGCCUGCUGCCCCGGCCGCCCGGGAGGAGGCCAGCACUUCCCGGCUGCUCCAGCCUCCCGAGGCACCCCGGAAGCCUGCCAACGCUCUGGUCAGGCCUGCGUCCCGGCCCACCCCAGCGGUACAGCCACCGUUACCAUCUCCCCAGUCCAACUCCAGGAGCCCUCGGGAGGUCCCUUCCCCCCGAGCUCUGAAGACUCCAGUGGUCAAGAAGCCAGAGCUGCCCACUAAACUCUCCCCGGCCACUCCCAGUCGGAAGCGGAGCCUCGGGGUCUCUGAUGAGGAAGACGCAGAGGAAGAGGCUGAGAAGAGGAAGGAGAGGUCCAAGCGGGGCAAGUUGGCUGUGAAGGAGGAGAAGAAGGACUUGAGUGAGCUCUCAGACAGCUCUGGGGAAGAGGACUCGGCUGACUUCAAGAGUGCUCAGAGAGAUAAGGGGCUGCACGUGGAGGUGCGUGUGAAUAGGGAGUGGUACACAGGCCGUGUCACAGCUGUGGAGGUGGGCAAGAAUGCGGUGCGGUGGAAGGUGAAAUUUGACUAUGUGCCCACGGACACAACACCAAGAGACCGCUGGGUGGAGAAAGGCAGCGACGAUGUGCGGUUGAUGAAGCCCCCGUCCCCAGAGUAUCAGAGCCCAGACACACGCCAGGAGGGCAGAGAAGAGGCAGCGGCGGCCCCGGCGGGGGGUUCGGUGGCCCAGCAAGCUGUAGCCUCGGUGGAGCCCUCCACCUCUGACUGCAUCCCUAUCGAGCCUGACACCACCGCCCCCAGCACCAACCACGAGACCAUUGACCUCCUCGUCCAGAUUCUUCGGAAUUGUUUACGGUACUUCCUGCCUCCGAGUUUCCCCAUCUCUAAGAAGGAGCUGAGUGCUAUGAACUCAGAUGAGCUGAUAUCGUUUCCUCUGAAAGAGUACUUCAAGCAGUAUGAAGUCGGGCUCCAGAACCUGUGCCAUUCCUACCAGAGCCGUGCCGACUCGCGGGCCAAGGCUUCUGAGGAGAGCCUGCGCACCUCCGAGAGAAAGCUGCGUGAGACCGAGGAGAAGCUGCAGAAGCUGAGGACCAACAUCGUGGCACUCCUGCAAAAGGUGCAGGAGGAAUGUGUGGUUCCAACCCUGGCGGCACAGCAUCCUGACCAGGCGGGCUGGAGGUGGUGCGGCUGCUGGGCCUCGUCCCAGCCACACCCACGGACUUAGACAUUAACACAGACGACGAGCUGGAUGCCUACAUCGAGGACCUGAUCACCAAGGGGGACUAGGGCCCGGAGCCAGAGAUCAGCUCCUCUGCCCCUCAAGGCAGAGCUCCUGAGGGUGGCGUUUCAUUUAUGGGUUGAUGGACUUACCUUGGUUUGACUCACGGGAUAUCUGUGCUUUUGGUGGGAGAGAGACUGAUUCUUUGACUCUUCCACCCUAAGUUGAUAAAUAUUUAUUUUUUGAAAGAAACAACA